CCAGUGAUUGGGAGUGUUAAUGCAGGCACCUUGGCUCGGGAACAGAGCUGGCCCGCAAGGAAUCCGGCGUGGGAUUUCUCUGGGGGGUUGUAGGAUUUUGGCAGAGCUGGCCAUGAUGUUAUGGUUCGUGGUUGGGGCCCUCUUCCCAGCGCUGCUCCUGGCCGCGCCGCCCCCCAUAAACAAGCUCGCCCUCUUCCCGGACAAGAGCGCUUGGUGCGAGGCCAAGAACAUCACCCAGAUCGUGGGGCACAGCGGCUGCGAGUCCAAGUCCAUCCAGAACAGGGCCUGCCUGGGACAGUGUUUCAGCUACAGCGUCCCCAACACCUUCCCUCAGUCCACAGAGUCCCUGGUUCACUGCGACUCCUGCAUGCCAGCCCAGUCCAUGUGGGAAAUCGUGACACUGGACUGUCCAGGCAACGAUGAGAUCCCCAGGGUUGACAAGCUGGUGGAGAAGAUACUUCACUGUAGCUGCCAGGCUUGCGGGAAGGAGCCGAGCCACGAGGGAGCCCUGUUCAACGUCUACCUGAACGCGGAGGAGAACAUGCCGGCCGAAGGUCCCAGCCCCCAUCACUACGCCCACCACCAACAGGAGGUGGAAGAACCUCCUGCCUCCAGCCACCACCAUCACGAGGAGGAGGCCGACGAGUGACCUGGCCCUUGCGGACUGUCCUGGCAGCCGGCGGCGUGGGCAGGGGGUGUGUGUGAGGGAGAGGGACGGGGUUUGGGGAGGGAGGGGGGUGGUGGAGUCUUUCCUGUCUAAUAGCUACCCUCACGCUUUGCUCUCCACGACACCCCGGGGCUGCAGGAAUGUUUUGAGGCACAAGCAGGGCUGAGGGGUGGACAUGGGGCUGGAGCUGCGGGGCGAGAGAGGAGGGCUCGGCAUUUUCUGAUGCAAACCUACUUGCACAUAAUAAUAAUAAUAAUAUAUUGAGAGGAGUGGGAACCCGGACACGGGGGGUUCGGCUGAGAGCUGGGCUCCCCAGGGGCUGUCUGCAGGCUCCUGAACCUCCUGUGGAGCCUUUGCUGAGUCCUUCUGGGUUUUUCUCUUGUAAAUGGCUUGUACCUGGGGUGGAGGAAGAGGGGAUGGAGCCCCUCCGCAGUCCCACAAGAGAUGCAGGUCUCCCCUGGGGUGCGUGGGACCAGCAGCAUCCCUUCGUCCUCCUGCCUGCCCUGCCCGCCUGCCUGCGGAUGCGUGGGCUCAGCGGGGGGGACGUGCUGUUCCUCCUGGCACCCACCGACUCUUAAAUUCAACCCCCAAACCCCUUGGUUUAGGCAGCUCUGGGGGAGCGUUUUACCCCCAGCCGUGCCUCUGGGGCUGCGGGGAACCGUGGCAGUGAGAGCCCCGACCUUGGGGUCGCCGCGGGCUCUGAGGCUUCACGUUUCGUGGCCCCGCAGGGGAAGGCCAAGAGCAGGGGUGGCCUGGGGUGGGAGCCAGCCCCUUCCCCCCUCUCGCUGCUGCACUUUAACGGUGGUGGAGGGAGAAGGGGGGCGAGUGCCGGGAUGCCGAUGUACCUUUGCCGGGGACUGCUGACGCAGGGCUGGGGAGGCUCGGGGUGGGGGGACGGCCCCGGGCCCCUCCCGCUGCCCCUUUCUCUCUGUUGUAUAAAGCUGAUUUCUUUGGCGCUGUCCUGACAAGAGCUUCCAGAGCUUGUAAUCGAUGCCUCCCCCUCCUUUUUUACAAGGGUGGUUUUAUUUUGGUUUGGUUUUUUGGUGUUUUUUUUCUUAAAUAAAUUAGUUCUGACUUCCA